AUGGCUGAUACUGAGACGAAGGUGAAAAUUGAAGAUACUGACCCACAAAGUGUUCAAGAUUUGACUGGAUUUGUACCAUUCGGCAUAUUCUACUUUUAAACAUUCUCUAGUUUUGUGUGUUCUUGUCUUUAUUCGUCGUUUGUGGUUAUGAUCAUUUUUUAGCGACAUACUUCCUAUUGCAAUUCCCGAUUUUUCCCGAUUGUGAUAUGUAUGAAUUUUAUCAUUGGAUUUAAACGACAAUGUACUUGUUACUUUCUUGUCUCUCUUGUUUCUUUUUCCUUCAUUUAUAGGUACAAACCUUGCUUCAGCAAAUGGUAAGUAUGUGUAAGUUUUUAGUGCUCAUCCAGUUACUAGCUUUUAUUUUGGUUUCGAAAUGUCUGCGUCUAUAAAUUGUAUGUUGUAAAACUUGUUGUUUCUAAUUCAUAGCAAGACAAGUUUCAGCAGAUGUCAGACCAGAUCAUCACAAGAAAUAUCCUUUACUAG